AUGGACAGAGCCGCCGCUGAAGCCAACAUCGCCCUUAUGUCAAAAAUGCUUAGCAUUUGCAGAGAGAAGACCGUCAAGAAGACCCACUCAACUGACCAACUCUCAGCUGACGAGAAGAGACAAUUCUAGAACUGCGUAUUGAAGUUUUUCGAGACACCUAACCACGUUAUGUCUGCACUCAACUCAAUGCAAGGUGGAUUCUAAUGA